GAUGCGCACGGACAGGGCUGGCGCUCAUCGCAUCAUGGCAGGGAUCGCCGUCGGACGCAACGACUGCUCGGCAGCGGAGCAGCGGCUGAAUUCCACGGAAAGUUACGCGCCUCCGCAGCUGGACGAGGACGAGGAACUUUUGCGCUACAUCUGGAGAGAGUACCUGCACCCCAAGCAGUACGAGUGGGUCCUGAUAGCGGGAUAUAUCGUCGUGUUCCUGGUCUCUCUGGUUGGAAACACGCUGGUUUGUUUUGCAGUGUGGAAGAACCAUCACAUGCGCACAGUGACCAAUUACUUUAUUGUGAACCUCUCCUUUGCCGACAUCUUGGUUACUCUCACCUGCCUUCCUGCAAGCCUGGUGGUGGACAUCACAGAAACGUGGUUCUUCGGAGAAACGCUCUGUCGAAUACUACCUUAUUUACAGACAAUCUCCGUGUCCGUGUCUGUGCUGACCCUCAGCUGCAUUGCCCAGGACCGCUGGUACGCUAUCUGCCACCCUCUCAAGUUCAAGAGCACGGCCAAAAGGGCCCGAAAGAGCAUCGUGCUGAUCUGGCUGGUGUCCUGUGUGAUCAUGAUCCCUCAAGCUAUCGUCAUGGAGUGCAGCAGUCUGCUGCCCGAGCUGCUGCCUGAGCUGACCAACAAGACCAGCCUCUUCACCGUGUGUGAUGAACACUGGGGAGAUGAGAUCUAUCCUAAGGUCUACCACACUUGCUUCUUUAUCGUUACCUAUUUCGCUCCUUUGUGCCUCAUGGUCCUGGCGUACAUCCAGAUUUGUCAUAAGCUCUGGUGUCAACAGAUUCCUGGGACGUCGUCAGUGCUGCAGAGGAAGUGGAAGUCCCUGCAGUGCUCAGCUCAGACUGCAGGCCCCGGGGAGUCGGUUAAGGUCAGGACCAGUGCGGUGACGGCCGAGAUCAAGCAGGUGAAGGCACGGCGGAAGACAGCGCGCAUGCUGAUGGUGGUGCUCUUCGUCUUUGCCCUCUGUUACCUCCCUAUCAGUGUCCUCAACAUCAUGAAGAGAGUGUUUGGCGCCUUCAAAAACACAAACAACAGAGAGACAGUCUAUGCCUGGUUCACCUUCUCCCACUGGCUUAUAUACGCCAACAGUGCGGCCAAUCCCAUCAUCUAUAAUUUCCUCAGCGGUAAAUUUCGAGAGGAGUUCAAAGCAGCAUUCACCUGCCACUGUUCGGGCGGAGGUGAGAAGAAGGAGCGGGUGAGGGCCAAGAUGAGCACAGACAGCCACAAAUCCCUGUCCACACAAGUCAGCCAUUUUGACAACGUCUCACGUAUUUCGGACCAGGUCGUGUAGCUCUGACCCAGGAGAGCUAAUCCUCGCAGCGUGCCACUUCACUGGCCAUGACCGCUUAUUAGAGGACAAAGCACAACUAGGGAAAAUUUCAAAGACCCCCUUUGUGCUCUGACUAACCCUUUGGAAUGCACUGAGGGCUUCAACAAAGACCUGUCAGAUCCAGAGAAUUACCCACACACACUGAAAAUGACAUUCUGUCGCCAAGACGGGUACAAGUGACAAGCAGGAUUGCAUUUGUUCUCUCAAAGCCAAGGGAUUUUAUAUUCAGUUCACUGCUACUCUACUGCGGGAGGGAGUGAUGAGCAGGAUAAUCCACAGAAAUGAUGUUUACAGAAUCCUGACAUGGCUCUGAUAUUCUUUUGUGUCUGUCUUGCUCAGUUAGUGAUGAGAAAACAACAGCAGACGAAUAAACUGGAUACAACAGUGCUGACAGAAAGUGAACCAGUGACUCUGUGUGCAGCUUAAUUGUGAAGGAAAUAGUAACAAUUUCUUUUAAAGUUUAAGUAUCAAAUGGUAACUUUGAGGUUACAAACAAGUACUAAUGAAUUGUUAUGGGUAACACUGAACACUGCAGAAUCCAGAGAGGCCAUUAGCUGUUGCAAUAAUUUGCUGGAUUGUUAUCUUGAGAUAAUGAGUUAAUUAUCUUGUGACAAAGAUGUUAUCUUGAGAUCACACGAUUACAAUAUUAUCUUGUAACUUUGCUUCUUGAGAUACAUGUUAAUUAACUACUUUUGUUCAGAUAAAAACUUUUGUUAGAGAUUAUGAUUAUGAGUAUUUAAAGAUUUUUAAAAGCUGUUUCUCGAGAUCACAAGAUAUUUAGCUCAAGAUUAUAACAUACUUAACGUGUUAUUCAUGAAUAACAGUUUUGUUAUUGUGAGAUAACAAGAUAACUGACUCAUUAUUUUGAGAAAACAACUUUAUCUUGAGAUCAUAAGAUAACUUGUUAUCGUGAGAUUAAACGAUAAUUAAAUUAUCUACAACUUUUUCUAACAACUUUUGUUAUCUCAACAUAACAAGGUAACUAGCUCAUUAUUUCAAGACAACCACUUUGUUAUCUCAAGAUCACAACUUUGUUAUCUUGAGAUAACAAGAUAAUCAACUUGUUAUCCCAAAUAACAAUCAGGAAAAUUAUAACCACCUUAUGGCCUCUCUGGACUGCUGUAGAACCCUGAAAUGCCCAAAAGGUUCUAGCAAUUAAUUAAGUGCUUUGUGUUUGGUCCCUAAAGUUCUGUGCCGAUAUUUAUGGUAAAAUGAUGGUAAGUACCAAGACAGUCUAACUAUGUUCCACUAAAGUGGCUAACAGGUUCUAGCUACUAAACUGAUAAAUGACAAUAACAUAUCUCAUUAAUAUUUCUAGUAACGAGGCGGUACUAAUGUCACAUGUAUAAGCAGGAAAGUAAAUCAGAAACUCCUCCAAGAAGAGGAAAGAUAUAUGUCCUAAGGCAGGCAUGUCAAACUGGGGACCAACUGGGGGCCAAAGUGCUGUGGAGAUCAGUGUUUAACCCUCAUCUAACGCUCUGAAUUCAGUUCAUGAAGGCCUUGCUAAUUAGCUGUUGGAACUGGACUGGAACAUGUGACAAAGUGACAGCACAGCGAUAGUUUCCUGAAGUAAAUGAUAAGAUCUCAGUAAAACCAUCAUAAAAAUCACUGCUUUCUUUUACUUCCCAGAUUCAGUUUUGCAUAUAAUAUCUAAGACUUCUUCUUACUUUGCUCGUUUACAAUCUUUUCACAGUCGAAUGCAAAGGUUUUAACAAUAAACAAUUAAUUAACAUCCUUGUUCCAUAAUGCAAAUGAGGUAGAUUUAGUCAAAUGGCCAUUUUUUAUCUUAAGUUUGUGAGUAGGUUGAUGUUAGUGUUGAAAUAAACAAUGCUUCUCGCAUAGGCAUGAAAGAAUCAUAAGGCAACGUUUAAAAGUGCUUAGUUUGAGUACACAUUAUUCAACACCCAUAAAAAAUAUAUGCAUAUGCAAAAACAACCAGUUUCCAGAGUACAAACCGUACAGUAUAUUUAAUCAUUAUGUUUACACAUUUGAGAGUCCAGUAGAUUUUUUUUUUUUUCCAAACAUAGACCAAUGGCUGUCAAACCUUUUAAAUCAGAGGGAAGGGACUUCCAACUAUGAUGUUAUACCAUGAAACUCCAACCAUGUGAUGCAUGGAAACUAAAUUCAGGCUGACCAAAAUACUUUUUCCUUUCUUUUUUUUUCUGUGUUGUUACAUUUAUUUUAUGUUCUACAGUCAAGACACUUAAACGUGGCAUUUUGCUGCAAAAAGUAGUGCACAAUUUUUAUUCAAUUUUGGAAUUUAGCAUAAUUAACAUAAAAUAUAUAAGGUGUCAUUACUUUUGCACAGGCCACAUUUUAUGGUUUUCUUUUUCCUAUUUGUUAA